CCCUUACCCCCACGCACAAUAGUCGUAGUUUGUUGUAAUGCACCGGUAUUUAUAGUACUAAAAACAAAUAAAUAUGAUGUUGAGAUAAACUGGAUCUCAAAUGCAUUUGUAUGCAUCAAUUCCCAUUGCCUCUUAGUAUUUUCCACUAGAACCAUCAUUCUUUUAUGCUUUUGUGAUGUCCACGCCAAUGCUGUUGCAGCUGCAGCUCCUGCUUCUGUUGUUCCUGAGCUGCUGGCAUGGAGUCACUUCUAGCCCUACAGACGACAGUGUAGCGAGGAGCGACCACGGGGAUCAGGGCGAGCCGGGAUUCGAAGGACAGAACCAGGAUUCUUACAGCUAUCCUUUCCCUACCGCACCUCCUGUAGAUCCUUUCGCCAGAAUCAAAGUGAGUGACUGUGGGGUAACGAAGGGCUGCUUCAGGUACGGGAAGCCAGGUUGUGAUGCAGAGACCUGUGAUUACUUCCUCAGCUACCGCAGGAUUGGGGCUGAUGUCGAGUUUGAGUUGAGUGCGGACACUGAUGGUUGGGUGGCAGUCGGGUUUUCAUCUGAUAAGAAGAUGGGAGGCGAUGAUGUCAUGGGGUGUGUCCACGAUGACAAUGGCAGGGUUCGGAUCCAUCAUUUCUACAACGUGGGGCAGUGGGCCAAGGAGAUUAAGAGGAACCCAGCACGGGAUGAGGAGGGGAUAUUUGAAAACAACCGAGUGACCUGCAGGUUCAAGCGUCCGGUUUAUGUUUCCCGGGAGGAGACUAUUGUGGACCUGCACCUGAGCUGGUACUACCUGUUUGCUUGGGGACCAGCCAUUCAAGGUUCAAUCACUCGGCACGACAUUGAUGCCCCGCCCGUGUCAGAUCACAUGAUCAGUAUCUAUAAAUACGAGGAUGUCUUCAUGCCCUCAGCAGCCUAUCAGAUGUUCUCCUCUCCCUUCUGUUUGCUCCUCAUCGUCGCACUGACUUUUUACUUACUGAUGGGGACUCCGUAACCCGGGAUGCACACAGGAACAAUAAGAAACAGAAUAAUCAUUUCUAAAGACUAAUGACUGGAUCGAUCAGAACUGUGCCAUUUACUAUUACGCGGGAAGAACCUGUCAGGUAAUUGAGCAAAUGAUUGUAGUACCAACAUCUAACCAAAACACUCACUCAAACUCCAUUUGUGAAAAUAGCUUCUUAUUAGGCUGAGCCAUUCUCCAAGGUGACGUAUGUUUACAUUGUUCUACAGUGUUCUUUUGAUGUUCAUCCUGCAGUGUUAUUACAAGGGAUGUGCAAGAUACCCUCUACUGAUAGUCGGUAUUGUCUUUAGGAAGAGUUUAUCAGUAGGUACCCAAUAAAUCCAUUCACAACGUGUUGAUUCCAAGACGGAAAAAGUUGUCUCCCACACGUUUACAGUUGUCAAUUUAUGGCCUCAGUAUGCCAGCAUAAAGGCCAUUGCACACUGGAUCUGAUCAUGCAUCCGUGCGGCUAAGAAGAAAAAAAAAAUCUUGUGCAUUCCUUAUUGCGCCUUGCACACUCCUAAUUGUCUUCCGACGGUGAUGCGUCAAUUUAGGGAUUGAAACAAGUUCGGUUUGAUCCGAUUUUGACGUGUUAAAAAUGACAUUGACCAAUGGAAAACUACUACCAUUGCAAAGAACUGUAUAAUAAAGCACGUAAAAAAUACAAGGACACCAAGAGAAGAAGGUAACUUUUUAGAGGAGUGAAUGUUUGAAAUAUAGUCAUAGAAUUGCAGAAGUUCAAAUUGUGACAUUAGGGCUGUUUUCCCCAUUAACCUUGUUAUUAUGUUGUCCAAUUUGAGCUCCUGUAUCAGCCUGUGAUGCUCCCCCAGCUAUUUACGCUUCUUUAAUAUUGAGAGGAUUCAAUAAUCUUCUUGUGUUUUUGGCUUUGAGUCCACAGGAUAAGUAAUAUUCUUCAUCAUCACUGCUGGAGCUGGUUGACGGUAACUCUGCCAUUUUUGGUGUGAUUUUAACGCAUUCAAUGUGCAAUCAACUUGAUGGACGAGUUUUCGGAUGAUGGAUGAUGAUAAAUGACAUAUCAGAUCCAGUGUGCAAUGACCUUUACACAAAAAAUGCAGGCGCCCCGGAUGAGAGAGAAAUUAUCUCCCAAUUAGCUUUUAAAACACUCAAUGCGUAGGUUAAUUGUCAUUGACUGAAAUCUAAAUGUUGUGAAUGGAUUUAUUGGAUACCUGGCAUUAAAUACUUCUUAAAGACAAUACCAAGUAUGAGUAACAAAUAUUCUGCACACCCCUAAUUAUUACAGUAGUUUAUACAUGUGUGCUGGAGUUGAAUGUGCCAGUUAUACCUGUUCCAUGUCCAUACAUGUUGUUCCAUAAGAAAACCAAUAGGUAUGUCAGCCCUUGUGAUGCUAGGGUAAAAAUCAAUGUAGUCGUUUGCCCACAUGUAUCAUAGUGUUCUCGUGUAAUGAGACUGAAACAAUAAUCAGUCAAUAAUCAAUAGACUUCUUCAUACUGGGAUUAUAUACUUUUGAUUAACCAAUGGAAAUAGAAUGUUUAGAGUUAAAUGUUGGUUAUAACCACACUAAUUAUCUAUGUGUGUGUGUGUGUGUGUGUGUGUAUGUGUUUUUGUGUAAGGAUAUUCAUAUGAUUUUUAGUUCUAAUGCGAUUAUGUAAAAUAAAAAACUCCUUCAGAAGCAGGCUAUAAAAAAAGACUGCACUGUAAAAGUGCAUUGAAUGGGAAACAAAUGGCUGCAUAUUGAAUUUGCUAGAAUGACUUUCUAGAAAGAACUUGGAUGCUGGAAAGACUAUCAGCCUGCCAAUCAAUAUGUAAGGAAGGCUAUAUGAAAGAGCUGUAUAAAAAGUGGUUCUAUUACAGUACUGCUCUAUUUUUAGGUUCAAAUUGUUAGUGUGCAUAGAGCAGAGCAAAUCUGAUAGGGGGUGCAAAAAAGGAAUACUGUAAAGCCAUAAAUAUUUGCAAGCCUUUUAUUAUGCGUUUUUCACGUAUGCGAAAAACUACAAAC